AUGGACAAGGACAGUAAGAAUGUCGAUGUUCUGUCGGAACCUUUCGAAAUUGUAGACAUACAAGAAUCUAAUAGGCCCGCUGAUUCUUUGGUUCAUCGUUUUGCAUCUUCAUUCAAAAAACAGGAAAACGUGGAGCUCGAAGAUGUGAAUUUGACGCAAAUGAACAAGGAACAGCGCCAAAACUACAACUUGGCGCACCAGUCCCUUCAUAAGACACUUUCAGAAAGACACUUGACAAUGAUCGCCAUUGGAGGCACUUUGGGAACUGGACUUUUCAUAGGAAUUGGGUACUCACUAGCUUCAGGACCAGGGUCUUUGCUUCUUGGGUUUUCGAUUGUGGGACUCAUGAUGUUUUGCGUUGUUCAGAGCGCAGCAGAAAUGGCCUGCCAGUACCCGGUAGCUGGGUCUUUUGCCAUGCAUGUCUCCCGGUUUGUUGAGCCUUCGUUGGGUUUUGCGGUUGCGACCAGUUACGUUCUGCUGUGGCUGGUUUCUUUGCCUUCCGAGCUUAUAGGGUGUGCAAUGACUAUACGUUAUUGGAAUAAUUCCGUAAACCCUGCGGUUUGGGUCGCCAUCUUCUAUGUGCUAAUUAUGUUUCUCAACUUGUUUGGGGCCCGAGGGUUUGGCGAAACGGAAUUUUGGCUGUCACUAUUCAAAGUGCUUGCCGUGAUUAUAUUUAUCAUCAUCGGAAUAGUGCUGAUUUGCGGAGGUGGGCCUCAUUCAGAUGGAUACAUAGGCGCAAGAUAUUGGCACAAUCCAGGCUCCUUUGCCAAGCCUGUUUUCAAAGGCAUUUGCAGUACUUUUGUGUCCGCCGCUUAUUCGUUUAGCGGCACAGAGCUAGUGGUCCUUACAGCUUCAGAAUCCAGAAACGUGGAGUCAGUUUCGCGUGCAGCUAAAGGAACUUUCUGGAGAAUAACCAUAUUUUACAUCGUGACUGUUGUCGUUAUUGGAUGUCUAGUUCCUUAUACUAACGAAAAUCUUCUCGGAGGAAGUAAUGGCGAGGAUGUAUCUGCUUCGCCGUUUGUAAUUGCCCUAAAAAAUCAAGGGUCUAUGGGCAAGAGUGUAUCGAACUUCAUGAACUUGGUGAUUUUAAUCUCAGUAUUUUCUGUUUGCAAUUCUUCCGUUUAUGCUUCUUCUCGGAUUAUUCAGGCUUUGGGCGCUUGUGGGCAACUGCCACGCGCAUGUGCAUAUGUUGAUAAGAAGGGCAGGCCCUUGGUUGGUAUCGCUGUCUGUGGCGCUUUUGGAUUAUUAGGAUUUAUUGCCUCCUCUGAAAGCCAAGACAAGGUAUUCACCUGGCUCUUUGCCUUAUGUUCUAUCGCGAUCUUUUUCACUUGGCUUUGCAUCAGUGCUGCGCACGUACGCUAUAGAAUGGCGUUGCGUGCGCAUGGUAGAAGUACUUCUGAAAUUGUCAACAAGUCUCUCUUCGGAAUUUAUGGCGCCAUUUUAGGUGUUGUUUUGAAUGCGCUUUUGAUUAUUGGUGAAAUAUACGUCUCCAUUUUUCCGCUGGGCAAAAAGCCUUCUGCUGAAAACUUUUUUGAGAACUGUUUGAGCAUCCCUAUUAUAAUGGCGGUUUAUCUUGUUCAUAAGGUAUUUUUCAACAAGGAAAAGCGGCUUAUGAUUCCCUUGGAUCAAGUUGAUCUUGACAUCGGUCGAAGAAUGGAGCGCAACGAAUUACUCGAAGAAGAGUACCACGAGGCCGAAAGCGGCCAUACGAAGGUACCUCUUCACCGUAAGUUGUAUCGAGUUUUCUGUUGA